AAUUAUAAUGAUAUAUUAGAAAAGAAUCACCUCCUCUCAUAGCUCAGCACCUCUGCUUAGUUAAUCCUUUUAGGCUUUUCUCCAUCGUUCUUCAAUUGUUUCUCCUUUCUCCUCUAAUGGCGACCAACUAUACUCUACCUCUUGUUCUUCAUCUCAUUCUCACUCUUUCACUUAUCUCUGUUGUCAGUUCCGUCUCAGAAGAAGACCUCCUCCUUGCCUUCAAGUCCUCCAUUGAGGAUCCCAACUCUUCUCUCUUGAAUUGGUCCCCUAACUCCACUCAGUACUGCAACUGGACUGGCAUCACUUGCUCCUCUUCAUCCCCUCCGUCUGUAACCUCAUUAAAUCUACAAAACCUUAAUCUUUCUGGAGAAAUCUCCCCUUCCAUCUGCCAACUCCCAAAUCUGUACAACCUUAACUUAGCUAGCAAUCACUUCAACCAGCCCAUUCCUCUCCUUCUCUCUCAAUGUGGCUCCCUUGUCACCCUCAACCUCAGCAGCAACAUCCUAUGGGGGACUCUCCCAGAUCAGAUUACCCAUCUCUCUUCUCUGAGGGAGCUUGAUUUCAGCAACAACCGCAUCCAGGGGCAAUUUCCCCUAAGUUUAGGCUUACUUAAUGGACUGCAAGUUCUCAACUUGGGAGGCAACGUAUUCUCAGGUACUGUUCAUCCUCCUAUCUUCAGGAAUUUGAGUGAUUUGGUCGUGCUUGAUUUGUCUCGAAACCCAUCUUUGACAUCAAAACUGCCCACGGAGAUUGGAGAACUUGGAAAGCUGAGAGUGCUUUUGCUACAAAGCUCUGAUUUUUAUGGUCCAAUCCCAGAAUCGUUUCAGGGUUUGCAUGAGCUACAAGUUCUGGAUCUCUCACAGAAUAAUCUAAGUGGUGGUGUCCCUAAAGGGUUAGGUUUGGGCAUGACGAAGCUGGUCUCUGUGGACUUGUCUCAGAACAUUCUAUCUGGUUCGUUUCCUAGUGAAAUUUGCUAUGGUAGAGCUCUCGUGGAGCUCAGCCUCCAUGAAAAUUCAUUCUCUGGUUCAGUUCCUGAAAGCAUUAGCAAAUGCAACACCCUUCAGAGAUUUCAAGUGCAGGAUAAUAUUUUUUCAGGGAAUUUCCCUCAAGGGUUAUGGUCAAUGUCUGAUAUUGUUCUCAUUAGAGCUGAAAAUAAUCGGUUUUCAGGAGAGAUUCCUGACCUAGUUGGAGUGCCAUCCCGGCUCGAGCAGGUUCAGAUUGACAACAACAACUUUACAGGGAGAAUUCCUCACAGCCUCGGUCGAAUACAUACUAUGUAUCGAUUCUCCGCAUCACAAAAUGGAUUGAAUGGAAAUCUUCCUGAAAAUUUCUGUGAUUCACCGGUGAUGAGUAUUAUUAAUCUGUCUCAUAAUUCUUUCUCUGGAUCGAUUCCUGAGUUCAGGAAUUGCGUAAAACUGGUAUCUUUGGCUCUAGCUGAUAACAGGUUCACGGGGAACAUCCCUUCAUCUCUCGCUCAGUUGGCAGUGCUGACAUACAUUGAUCUAUCGAGUAAUGAUCUCAGUGGAGAGAUUCCACCAGAGCUUCAGAACUUGAAGCUUGCAUUAUUUAAUGUCUCUUACAACCAGCUUUCAGGUUCAGUUCCUCUCUAUAUAAUCACAGGCCUUCCAGCAUCAUAUCUUCAAGGAAAUCCUGGAUUAUGUGGACCUGGGCUUCCCAAUACUUGCAGUGUAUUGCCAAAGAGAAGGAAGUCUAAAAACAGUAAGUUGUUGAUUGCUGUGGUUGCACUAACUAUGACUGCUGUGCUAAUGGUUUUAACUGUAAUCAUCUUUGCAAUCCGUCGUAUAUCUCAAAGAAAAUGGAGUUCUAGUGCUUGGAAGCCAGUGUUGUUUGGCUCUCUGGGUAUUUCUGAGGAUGAAAUUUUAAUGGCAUUGGAUGAUAAGAAUAUUAUUGGUAGAGGACCAUUUGGUACAGUUCAUGUCAUUGAGCUACCGGAUGGAGAUUUUGUUGCGGUGAAGAAGUUAAUGAACUUAGGAGUUGUGUCUUCAAAAAGAGUGAAGAAUGAAAUCAAAACUUUGGCUAAGGCUAGGCACAAGAACCUCACAAAAUUACUUGGCUUUUGCUACUCAGAUAGUGUAGUUUUUCUUAUUCAUGAAUAUGUGAAGAAAGGAAGCUUAGGUGAUGCUCUCUUUAGAUCAGAACUCCCAUUAGAGUGGAGAUUUAGAUUGCAAAUAGCUUUGGGAGUUGCUCAGGGCCUAGCUUACCUUCACACGGAUUAUGUCCCACAUUUGCUUCAUCGAAAUAUUAAAUCUAAUAAUAUUCUUCUUGAUGAGGAUUUUCGACCGAAGUUGACUAGCUAUGGUCUUGAUCGAGUAACUGGAGAAGCAUCAUAUCAAGCAUGUUUGGCUUCUGAAUUGGGUUCUUUCUGCUACAUUGCACCAGAACACAGCUGCAGCAAGAAAGCCACUGAGCAAAUGGAUGUCUACAGCUUCGGCGUUGUGCUACUAGAACUCAUUACAGGAAGACCAGCAGAGCAGCCAGAUUCUCGAGAAUCUGUCGAUGUGGUCAAGUGGGUGAGAAGAAAAAUUAAUAUGACAAAUGGGCCUCUCCAAGUUCUUGAUCCGAAGGUCUCAAAUUCUUCCCAGAAAGAGAUGUUUGGUGCACUAGAUCUUGCUCUCCAUUGCACUUCAAUUAUGCCAGAAAAGAGGCCAGGAAUGGCUGAGGUAGUGAGAACUCUGCAUUGUCUUCAAGAUGUUAUUGAACCUCCAAUGAUUUCUUCUGUUGAGUAAUUAAUAACUUUCUGCUACUGGUAUUAAUAGAUUGCUUAGUAUGCAACUUACCUAUGAAGGUGAUGUAAAAGUUGGUUCAAAUGGCUAUUUUUUUAGUGUUUAUUAUUCUUAGUUUUGGUGCUA